AUGGGGGCCCUGGCUACCAUGUGUCUCCCGGCCCCGGCAGUCCAUCGUUUGGCCUGUCAGAGAUCCAGUUUCCAGGGAUUAGCCUGCUUCCAGAUGGACCAACAUGCCCGCCCAGAAAACACCCUAGCCCACAAUGCUCAGGUGAAGCUGGCAGUUGUCGGUCACUAUUCGCCCAAAAGCCGAGAUCUACGCCCAAAGGAUCCAAAACCCGUCUCGUCUACCGGCAGUCACUUCCAAGAUUGUGCUCCACCCAAGGCCCUGUUGUCACCCGUAUGGAUCUGUCCAUGGCCUGAUAGCGGCGAGGGUGAGCUUUCAUUGCGGCAGUUUUCUGCUGCUGCUGUGCCCAGUAUCGUUCCAGAAGCGGCAGCCAAGCCCGGCUUAGCACAGCACCGUUGUUCUCUCGGCACUUGCACGAUCUCAGCAAGAUGCGAGGAGCAGGUGCUCUUGCCGAACCAUCUUUCUGCCCAUGCGGGUCCGCGACCACGCCGAGUCACAGUUUCUUGCACAGCCAAAAGCGCUCGAAAACCCGUGCACGACUAUUCCGCAGUGGCCGGCAGGCAGUUGUCAAAGGUGGCUCCGUUCUUGGCCGGUAUUUCUCUCGGGAUUGAGUGA